AUGGCUGCAGAGAGCCCCAUGGAAAGUCUCCAGAAGGAAGCGACAUGUCCCAUCUGUCUGGAGUAUUUCACAGAACCUGUCAGUCUGGAGUGUGGGCACAAUUUCUGCCGAGCCUGCAUCAGCCAGUGCUGGGAGGGAUCAGCUAUAGCCACCUCCUGCCCUCAGUGCAGGCAAACUGUGCGGCAGAGAAACCUCAGGCCCAACAGGCAGCUGGCAAACAUAGUAGAAAUCGCCAAGCAACUGAGUUUACAGGUAGCGAAGGGAAGAGGAGGGGACAGGGUGUGUGGGAAACACCAGGAGGCUCUGAAACUGUUCUGUGAAGAGGAUCAAACCCCCAUCUGUGUGGUGUGCGACAGAUCCCGGGCUCACCGCGCUCACAGGGUGGUUCCCAUAGAGGAAGCUGCCCAGGAGUACAAGGAAAAAAUCCAGACCCAAUUGAAGACUCUGAGGGAAAAGCGAGAAAAGCUACGGGGAUUGAAAGUGACUGGAGAGGGGAAAAACCAGGAGUAUCUGAAACAAACACAAACCGAGAGGCAGAAGAUUGUGUCUGAAUUUCAGCAACUGCGGCAGUUCCUGAAGGAACAAGAGCGACUCCUGCUGGCCCAGCAGGGGAAGCUGGACAAGGAGAUUGUGAGGAUCCAAAAUGAAAAUGCCAGUAAACUCUCUGAGCAGAUUUCCCAUCUGAGUGAGCUGAUCAGUGAGCUGGAGGGGAAGUGUCAGAAGCCAGCGAGUGAAUUCCUGCAGGAUGUCAGAAGCACCUUGAGGAGAUGUAAGAAGAGAAGUUGCAGCAGCCAGAGGAGAUUUUUCCUGAACUGGAAAGAG